AUUUUCCAAUUUCAUUACUGAACCAUAAAAUUAUUUUUAUUGAAAUAUUUAAUAUUAAAAAAUCGGAAAAGAAAAAAAAUCAAAGAGUUAAAGGCCACAGACAGGCAAAGUUUAUAUGUCAUUAAAAAGGAUUUGGUUUUUGGGAAAACAGUGUUUGUGUGUGUGGUGAGAUGAUACAGAGAUUGAGGGAUUUGGCAAUGGAGACUGCCAUUAGCCGUCGACUCGCUCCUUCCCCUAACCAUGGCCUUCUUCAAUCCAAACCAGGGGACAAAUACCUGCUUCAUAAAAAAAGCACAAAAUGGAUCACAGUUAUGACAAUGGCGCCUCCAAGGCUGGAAAAGGGUGCUGGGGUGCUAGAUAAGCCAGUAAUAGAGAAAACAACUCCUGGAAGAGAGUCUGAGUUUGACUUGAGGAAAUCAAGGAAAAUGGCACCACCAUAUCGUGUGAUGCUACACAAUGACAACUACAACAAGAGGGAAUAUGUUGUGCAAGUGUUGAUGAAGGUUAUACCUGGAAUGACAGUUGACAAUGCAGUUAAUAUCAUGCAAGAGGCACACAUCAAUGGGUUGUCUGUGGUGAUUGUGUGUGGGCAGCCAGAUGCAGAAGAGCAUUGCACACAGCUCAGAGGGAAUGGGCUUUUAAGUUCAAUUGAACCGGAUAGUGGAGGGUGUUAGAAAGGUGAGUUAGUAAGUAAAGUACAUGAUGGGUCUAGUGACUAUAGUCAGUCAUCUGUGAUUUGUAAGUACUAGGAUUAUGGUUAUAUCAAUGUCAAUAAUGAAAAAGAAUGAUAUUAUAUAUAAUGAAUAUGAUAAAAAAUAUGAUUACUAGUUGUUAUCUUGAUGUUGGGUUGGUAUCCAAAAGAUGUAUAGUAUACUUUCUUGUGCUCACGUUCUAAAGCCUUUGAUUUUCUCAUUUACAAACUCUUGUUAUUAUCAUUAAGUCAUGAAAAAUGUAUUCAUGUAGUUGAUUUA